GCUGACAUGUCGCAUGGCUCGGGCCGACACCGGGUGUACGCCACAGGCACCCAAGACCGAUACACAUCGGAUAAGACUCCAGCAAGCUCUCCGACUGGAAAAAAGCUUCUUUCCUACAUCGCUGAGAAUGUGAUCGGGGCAAAUGCGCGGUUUGCCACAGCGUUCGGGACGCGGAGCUUGGUCUACGCAGACUACACGGCGUCCGGGCGGAGUCUGGCCUUUAUUGAGGACUACAUCAGAUCGCACGUCCUCCCGCUCUACGGCAACUCGCACUCGUCCAACUCGGCGACGUCGAUGCAGAGCACGCUGUUCUUGCACGAGGCCCGUGAGAUGAUUCUCAAGGCCGUCAACGGCAACCGCGACACUGAUGUGGCCCUCUUCACCGGCCCGGGCUCCACAUCCGCCAUCCACAAGAUGGUCUCCGCCCUCGGCCUUGUGGCCCCGCUCGAAUCGAGCACCAGCAUUGGCAACGAUGACGGUGAUGCCCAGGCUGUUGUCUUUGUCUCGCUCCUCGACCACCACUCCAACAUCCUCCCGUGGCGCGAGUCGAGCGCGUCAGUCGUGACCAUCGGCGUGAACGAGGCCGGCGAGCUCGACAUGGCCCAGUUGGCGGAAGAGCUGCGUGCACAUGCAGCUGCGGACCGGUUGCUCAUCGGCUCCUUCCCGGCGGCAUCCAACGUGACAGGGCGACUGGUCGACACCGAGGCGGUGACCAAGCUCCUUCACGCCCACGGGGCACUCGCGUUCUGGGACUACGCUACCGCUGCGCCGUACGCCGACAUCGACAUGAACCCAAUCUCGGCCGCCGCAGACACCUUCAAGGACGCUAUCUUUAUCUCGAGCCACAAGUUUGUGGGUGGGCCAUCGGCACCAGGCAUCCUCGUCGCCAAGCAGGCGCUUUUCGACAAGCUCCCGCGGUCGUGCGCGCCGGGCGGUGGGACUGUCUUCUGGGUCACCGCCGAUGACCACGCAUACCUCGACGACAUCGAGUACCGCGAGGAGGGCGGGACGCCCGACAUUGUCGGCGCCAUCCGCGCAGGCCUGGCCUUCCAGCUCAAGUCGGCCGUCGGCGGUGAGCUCAUUGCCAGCCGCGAGUCCGAGCUUGUUGCCCAAGCCGUUGCUGUCCUCGGCGCCGAGCCGAACGUCACCCUCCUUGGCGAGAGCCCCCACCACGAAGAGCACCACCUCGCUCUCUUCUCGCUCCUCAUCGCUGUCCCGGGUCUGCCGACCGAGACGCCGAUGUUCCUGCACUACAACUUUGUCACCGUCCUACUCAACGAUCUGUUUGGGAUCCAGGUUCGCGGCGGAUGCGUGUGCGCCGGCCCGCUCGGCGCGCAUCUUGUCGGCCUCACUCUCGACGAGAUCAAGGCCUACGUGGUGGCCAUGGAGGAGGACAACGAGUUUGAAGUCCUCAAGCCAGGCUUCACCCGGUUCAACCUCCCGUACUUUGCCUCGCCUGACGAGGUCGGCUACAUCCUCGACGCCCUGGUCUUUGUUGCCCGCCACGGCCACGCCUUCCUCCCGCUCUACAAGUUCAUUGGUCACACCGCCGAGUGGAUCCACGUCGGCAAGGCGCGCGCCUUCCAGCGGACCUGGUUGCAGGCCAUCUCGUACAGCUCUGGCGCCAUGGCCUACCCAGACUCACCGGCCUCGCAGCCGCCGGCCAGCACCGAGCUCGCCGCCCUCCGCGCCUCGUACAUGGCCGAAGCCCACUCACUGCGGGAGCAGCUCGAGCGCAAGCCUCCGGCAGUCGCCGAUCAGUCUGCGCUCUUCACCACCCAUGGCACUGACGCCAUCCGGUGGUUCCUUCUCCCGUACGAAGCCGCCACCUUGCUCCGAGGCGAGCCUCUACCGGCGCUCCCGCCACAUCGGGUCCGCCCGCGGACCUACAUGGGCGACUCUCGCGAGGCCAAAAAGGCGCCUGAGGAUGCCAUCGCCAACUCGGCUGCCGCCGACAUUGCUGCCGAGAUGAUGCUCGCCAUGGAUGGCGCUGAUUGGGAGGCCGACGAGGUGGCCCAGCUCCCGCCGUGUCCGGCACGAACGCCGGCUACGGCACUCGAGGCCAAGCUGGCGUCGGCCACCGUCCGCAAGCCGCCGCGCAAGCUCAUGAACGCCGUCACCAAGGCCAUCCGCAUGUUUGGCAUGAUUCGAGAGGGCGACCGUAUCCUCGUUGGUGUUUCAGGCGGCAAGGACUCGCUCACCAUGCUGCACACGCUCCUUGCACUCCAGCGGCGGUGGCCGGUCAAGUACGAGAUCGGCGCCGUGACCGUCGACCCGCAGACUGAGGCCUACGAUCCAUCGGUCCUCAUUCCGUACAUGGCCGCGCUCGGCGUGCCGUACUUUUACGAGAAGGAGGAUCUCAUCGAGCAAGCCAAGACCAACCAGGACGGCGGGGCGGUGACCUCGAUCUGCUCGUGGUGCUCGCGCAUGAAGCGCGGUAUGAUCUACACAGCCAUGCGCCGCGAGGGCUACAACGUCCUCGCCUUUGGCCAGCACCUCGACGACUUUGCCGAGUCGUUCAUCAUGUCUGCCCUCUUCAACGGAAAGCUCAACACGAUGAAGGCUCACUACACCGUCGACGCCGGCGACUUGCGCGUCAUCCGGCCCAUGGCCUUUGCCCGCGAGUCGGCCCUCCGCGACUUUGCCUACGCCUCCGGCCUCCCGCAGGUUCUUGCCGCCCAGGAAGCCAUCCACCCGCACGUCUUCUCCAAUCUCAAGCGCGCACUCAUCCCGCUCAUGGGCGCAGACGCUGACACCAUUGCCGCCACCAGCUAA